AUGGAGCUGCAGCCAGACGCCCCGCCGGCGCCGGUGCCAUCCGACAGCAGGGACUGGUCGGAGCUGCCUCUCGAUGCGCUCACCUUGGUCUUCGCUAGGCUCGGCGCUGUGGACGUUCUCAUGGGCGCGGGCCUCGUGUGCCACUCAUGGCUUGAGGCGGCCAAAGCGCCUGAACUCUGGCGUAAGGUGGAAAUGGACUGUCCUUGGUGGGGGGCCGGAGAUUUUGAAUUUGACUACCCAUGGAACGCCAUGAAAGACCUGUGCGCAAUGGCGAAGGUGGCCGUGGACCGAUCAAACGGGAAGCUGGAGGUGUUUCUUGGGGAAACAUUUGUUACCGAUGAGAUACUCAAUUAUAUCGGGGACAGGUCGCCCUCGCUGAAGGGGCUUGAGCUCGUAUCAUGUGCCGAAGUAACCAGCCAAGGAUUCACCUAUCUGGUAAACAAGUGCCCUCUGCUAGAAGACAUCGAGCUGUCGGGUUGUAUGGAUGUCGGCGGCGACGCAAUCGUGGCCACUGACAGGGCAUGCCUGCGGCUGCGACACCUUAGGCUCGUCUGCACUGAAAUCACGAACAAGGAACUCAUGGCCAUCGUCGAUAUCUGUCCGUGCCUGGAGUAUCUCUCGGUGGUCAACUGCUACGACAUAGUUGGCGACGACGCCCUGCGAGCAAAGUGCGCCGCUAUCAAGACUCUCGAGCUUCCGACUCCUGAAAAUUCUGAUGAGAUGUCCGACUCGUACGAUUAUACCGAGACUUGCAAUGAUUUUGACCAUGAGUAUGAUUAUUUUUAAUUUUUUUUAAACAAGGCAAAAGAUUUGUCAUUUUCAUUGAUUAAGGAAGAAGGUUUUG